GUCUCCUUUCCGCUUCAGCUUCCCAGCCGCGCCGGCGGUGUCCCGAGCAAUGGGAGUGGGGAGAUGCCCCGCCACUGCUCUGCUACUGGCUGUUGCACCCGUGAUACACCUGAAACACGCAAUCGAGGCAUUUCUUUCCAUCGACUGCCAAAGGACAACCCCCGGCGAACCACAUGGUUGGAGAAUUGUCGGCGGAAGGACUUGAGUGGGCAGGGUCUUUGGGACCCUGCCUCCAAAUAUGUUUACUUUUGCUCCAAGCACUUUGAGAAGAAUUGCUUUGAACUGGUGGGCACCAGCGGUUAUCAUCGUCUCAAGGAAGGUGCUGUUCCUACAAUAUUUGAGCUUCAUGCAAAGCCACGCCGGAAAUCAAAGCUAAACAGUUCCAAACUUGCAAAACAUCAGCAGAAGCAGAGCUGUGGCCCCUGCCCCGCAGAGGAGACAACUCCAUUGUGUAUGGACAUUUCCUGUUUCCCUGUGCAAGAGCUGCCAAGUCCUGGGGCUGCUCCCACUAGCGGUGAGCCUCGAAGCCAGCCCAACCUCUCAGGGUCAGAACCAGAGAGUUUGGCCACUCUGUCAGACAUAUCUCUGGAACAGUCACCAGCUGCUACAGGCCAAGAAGAAGCCUCUCCUUCUCCAGCUCUCCCAGAACCUGUGGGGAAUCCAUCUCAACCUGUUUCUCUCUCCCUCUACAUGCUGCGGCUCCCACCCCCAGCUGGUGCCUACAUCCAGAAUGAGCACAGCUACCAGGUGGGUAGUGCCUUGCUCUGGAAGAGGCGGGCCGAGGCAGCGCUCGACGCUCUGGGAAAAGCACAACGGCAGCUGCAGGCCUGCCGGCGCCGUGAACAGAGACUCCGCCUGCGCAUCUGUGAGUUGCAGCGUGAACGGCGGCCAUACAACACUGAUGCACAUCGACGGCUUAAGGAACACCUGCAGGUCUUUGAAUUGCAGCUACUGAAUGACAUUGAAUAACUUUUGAACGGGCCUAAACUCAUCUUGCUUUGUGUGCUGGUGUCACAAGCUUGGGCUGUCUAUUUCCCAUCUCCAAGCUAUGUUGUAUCAAAACUUGGGGCUCUACAAACUUGCAACCUGCUUGAUGCAACCCUCUUUCCCCUUCACCAUUCAUGUUUAUAUCUGUAAAUAAAGAUUCUUUUGUAUAAGUAGAUGUUCCCAGCUCAGCUGAAAGAUACCUGGUUGCUUGAGGACAGAUUCAGGAAAGGCUGUUAUUUUGAGAACUUCAUUGUGGUGCUGCCCUAGAGGGUCAUAGUAUUUCUUUAAAAAAGCUGCUUGACGUCUUGAAUUUAGGGCUUGUCAUGGUAGCUGAGUAGAAGAAAAGCCUUCUUGAUGCUUUUCUUUCAGUUAUAAGCCUGUACAAUAUGAAAAUCUUGUAAAGUACUAUCUUGUCACAAAAGAACUCCCCACCAAAAAUCAACAAAAUCAGUAUAUAUGUAAUAUAUAUGCAUGUAUCAUACUGCCAGACAAAUAUGGUAAUAAUUUAAAUCUAAAUUACAUAAAGAGGAAACUUACCUCUUUAUGGUAGGCCCCCUGAAGGAUAAUUUUGUACAAAUCAUUUAGCUGUUUUAGUAUGUAAGCUGCCAGGCCAUAAACUUAGACAUCGCAUGAAGCAAAGCUAAUUGCUGGAGCUAAGUGAAGCCUAAUCUAAAUAUUAAAUUUCAGGAGAAUGCCUCAGUACUGAAACAAUGAAGAGAAACCUUUGGUGCACAAAUUAUGUAUGUUUUGAAUAAGAACUUUUCUAGAUGUGCUCCUGAAAUAAUGCUUUCCAAAAUGUCUUAUUCACUACACCGGAUGUUUUGGAUUCUCAUUCAGUUCUGUGUCUGGAAGACUGCCUGCAUGCAAGAAUCUCUUGCUAGAUCAAGGAAAUGGUCUUCAACUCUAAGUAAAAUUAUUUUUUAAAAAAAUAUUUUUAUUAAGAAUUUUGAUUAUAAUACUAAUAAGUAAAAUCACUUCCAUGGCUUGUCUAAACAUACUGGGAUUAGUCAAGGUUCUGCCACCUCAAGAGAGCCAUCAAUAUGCUUUCAAGCCUAUAGGGAAUGUCUGGAUGUGGCUUCAUAAAUAUUCCUCUCCUUGAAUGUUUAGCUUUCAUUUUUAAAAAGCAACAUCUAAGCCAUUUUUCUUAUGAAGAUAAGGGAAAGUAAACAAGCAGAAUUCUGCUCAGUUGUGUGCUCAUAAUAUUCUGGCUGAAGAGCACAUAGGCCAAGCUGUGGGGUCUUAUAGUUUGUAGAUUUUAAUGUACUAAUAUUUAAUACAAUAAAAUAAACUGAACAUAGUGGAGUAUCUGCAUUUCAGCUGAUAUGCACCAAUUCUCUGCUUUUCUCAAAGCUCCGUUUUACAUAAAGAUCUUGAAGUGA